AUGACCGCUAACAACGGUAAAGGAUCUGAACGCACUUCGGUACAAGUUGCUUUACGAAUAAAGCCAUUCAUAAAUGAUGAUGCAAAUUGUCUAUCAACACGAUUUCAACGCCAAGUUAUUACAACAAACUCAGCAACUCCGAAUUCGAUAAUCGUUCAAGGCGAAAAGAAACAAAUAUUUAGCUAUGAUUACGUAUUUGGCCCAGAAUCAACACAAGAAGAAGUUUAUACGAAUGCUAUUGUAAAAUUAGUCGAAAAUUUUUUAGAUGGAUAUAAUGUAACAAUCUUGGCGUAUGGUCAAACUUCAUCAGGAAAAACACAUACGAUGGGUACAGCUGAUAAUUCUUCAAUAUCCUCGGAUUCAAAAGGAAUAAUCCCCCGAGCAAUGGAAACUUUAUUUGCAAAUAUGAAUUCAUUACAAUGCAAAAAUCAAAAAUUUUCUAUAAAAGUUUCUUUUAUAGAAAUAUAUAAUGAAGAUUUAAUUGAUCUUCUUGGUGAAGGCGACAUGGAAAGUCGAUCACAGGUUACCAUCAGAGAAGAUUCAAAAGGAAAUAUUAUAUGGAAUGGGUUACAAGAAAUAAAAGUAAAUGGUGUCGAUGAUGUUAUGAAAUUAGAUUCCUCAAGAAUCGCUCGAUCAUCAUCGAAUUUAAAUUUAAGAAUAAGUCGAAGAUUCGAUGAAGGUGAUUGGGUUACCGUAACGAGUAAAUUUCAUUUUGUUGAUCUGGCCGGUAGUGAGAGACUAAAAAGAACAUCUGCUGUCGGUGAACGUGCAAAAGAAGGUAUAUCCAUCAAUGGGGGUUUAUUAGCUUUAGGGAACGUAAUAUCAGCUCUUGGUGAUCCAAACAAAGCAAAACACGUAACUCACGUUCCAUAUAGAGAUUCAAAACUUACUCGUUUAUUACAAGAUUCUCUUGGUGGUAACGCAAAAACAUUAAUGAUUGCAUGCGUAUCUUCAUCUGAAUCAAAUGUAAAUGAGACAAUAAAUACUUUAAAAUAUGCAAAUAGAGCUCGUAAUAUUAAAAAUUCUAUAUCAAUAAAUCAAGAAGAAAGUGGUUGGAAUGAUUUAGAACAUUUACAAUCUUUAGUUUUAAAAUUAAGAAGUGAAAUAAAAGCUUUAAAAGCUUCAAAUUCAUCAUCUUCUACAAAUAGUUCUAAUAGUUGUAGAAGUAGUACUUAUAGUUCUGGAAGGAGUACUCCUAUUCAAUCUAAUACUCCUAAUACUCCUGAGAUUUCUCCUGAUCGUCAUCCAGUUCCUGUUACUGUAGUUACAGAUACUGAUGGUAAUAAUACUACUGAACUUGGAAUGUUAGAAGAUCAACUUAUUCAUUUACAACGUUCUUAUUCUGAAUUAUCUCAAAAGUAUGCAAAAACUUCUGCUGAACUCGCUAUGCAUCAAGACAAUUCUGAUGAAAAUUUGGAUUUUAAUACUUUGAAAGAAAAAGAAAAUAGUUUAAUUAAACGUGCUUCUGAUAGUUUUCAAGAAGUUGUUGAACCUGUAAUUGAAGAAUAUGAAAAAUUAAUUUCUUCUUUAGAAAGUCAAUUGGCUUUGGCACGUGCCGCUUUAAAUCAUACUGAAACGAUGGUACAAGAUCAAGAUAAUAAAUUAGAACAUCUUGAACAAAUUAAUAAUCAAUAUAAAAAUUUAAUCAAUGAUUUAAGGAAUAAUAUCGCUCAACUUUCUGAACAUGAAGCAACAAAUGAACAUUAUAUUAAAGAUCUUGAAUCAAAACUUGAAACUCAAGUUAAUGAACAUAAUAAUGAUCAAAUUUUAAUAAAUGAAUUAAAAAGUAAGAUUUCUCAAUUAAAAUCAACUGGUAUAAAUAGUGAAGGUUAUAUACAUGACCUUGAAGCACGUUUAGAAGUUAGUGAACAACAAUUAAUUGAAAUUAAUAAAACUGUUGAAAGGCUCGAAAAUAGAUUGAAAGAUAAAGAAGGUGCUUACACUGAAUUAAAAGAAAAAUUUGAUCAUGCUGAAGUUGAUCAAGAAAAAACUUUAUUAUUAAAUGAAUUAAAUGAUCGUGAUCGUAGAAUUGCUUUACUUGAACAAAAAACUAAUGAACUUUCAUCUGAACUUGUCAAGUUAAGAAAUCUUAAAUUACAAGAAUUAGAUUCAAAUAAUCAUCAAGUUCAUCAAGACAUAAUAAUACCAGGUUCUUCUUCUGCAUCAGAUGAAGAGAAAUUAUUAAUGUCUUCUAUCACUCCCGGUGCUUUAUCAUUAAAAGAUGAACAAGAUCGUUUAAUUAUUGCUAGUCUUGAAACAAAAUUAUCCGAAUUACAACAAAUUCAUGAAAAAACGAUUAUAGAAUUUACUCAAAUCAAAGAAAAGUAUGAAGCAUGUUUAGAUGAAAUACAAGAAUUACAAACUCAACUUUCAGAAGCAAGAUUAAUUGAUGCUGAAAUGAUGGAUGAUUUUAAAUCAAUUUCUUCAACUCCUACAACUCCAAUGUCUCCAUCUAGUGUUAUGGGACUUAUGGAAUCUCCAAUUACAGUACGACAAUCUUUACCACCAUCCAUGCGUUUUGAUGAAUUAGAAAAAGAACAUUUUAUUAAUUCAUUUUCCACAACUGAAAAAAAUGUUCCUCGAAAACAUCGUUCUUACUCAAUGGGUGGUCAUGUUCCAAUUCGAUAUACUUUAAAUAAUAAUGAUCCAACACAAAAAUCAAUUGAAAUGCUUGAAGAAAAUUUAGUUGCUUUACAAGGUGAAUUAACUAGUAAACCCGAUAACAUUCAAAAUUUACAAAAUGAAAAGAGUUUAGUUGUAACAUUAAGGUCACAAUUUGAAACAUUAAAAUUAGAUAUUAAACGUAAAUAUGAACUUAUAGAAAUAUUAAAACGAGAUUUUAUUGAUAAAGGGAUUUUACAACAAAAACUUCAAGAAAAAGAAUCUGAAGCAAUAGCAUUAAAAUUACAACUUUCUGAAGUUAAAAGUCGACAAGAAGAAACUCAAAAUCAAAUGAAAAAUCUUCAAUUACAAUUGAAACAAGCUGAAAAUAUUGGAGCUGAUCAAUUAUUAUAUUCGGAAAUUGAGAAUAUUAGAAAAGAACUUCAAAUUGUAAAGGAAAAUGAGACUUCUGCAUUAGAAAAGAUUAGAAUUUUGAAUGAUAAAGAAACAAAAUUUAAUGAAGAAUUACAUCGUUUACGUAAAAUUGAAAUAGCUCAAAGAGAAAGAAUAAAUUUAUUAGAAGAUCAAUUAUCAUCACAAAAUGUAUUUAUUGAUGAUGAUAUAAUAAGGUUAAGAAAUGAAUUAGUUGUAGCAAAAGAAUCUGAAAAAUCAUAUAAACAAACAAUUUUAGAUCUUGAAUCUAAAUUAGAGAAAUCUGAACUUGAAUUUUCUUCUUUACGAUCUAAAAUUGAUAUUUUAAAAUCUCGAAAAUUCGGACAAAACGAUCAAAUCCUAUCUCAUGAAUCUCAAUUAAGUAAGAUGAUAUCAUCACUUGGUCCUAAUAUUGAUUCACAACAAAUAAAGAUAUUGAAUAAAGAAAUCGAGAAUUUAAGAUCCCAGGAUAUUAUACAACGUAAAAAAAUUGAAGUUUUUGAAAAUCGGUUAAAAAUUAUUAAACAAGAUUCCAAAACCGAUGAUCUAAAAAAAGAAAUCUUCGAAUUAAAGGACAUUGAAUUUAAUCUUAAAAAUACGAUCAAAGAAUUAGAAAUUAAACUUGAAACCUCAGAAAAAGAAUGUGAUGAUUUACGAGUCUUAAGGAAUGAGAUUAAAUUUUUGAAAGAAUUUGAAUCCGAACAAAAAUCUACCAUCGAACAAUUACAAUUUCAAUUAGAUGAUACGAUAAAAUCUAAAAAUACUCUACUUUUAGAGUUUGAAACUUUGAAAAAGGAUCAUGAUGCAAAGAAUGAACGAGUUAUUUUCCUGGAAAAAGAAUUAAAGACAAUAAAAGAAGAAUUAUUACAAACAAAUGAUAAAAAUGUUGCCUGCUCAAAAGAAAUUACUGAAUUGAAAAAUUUGUUAACUGAUAUGUUACAAAAACGUGAUAAAGAACAAAAAAGGAUAAAAGAAUUAGAGUCUGAACUACAAGGAACAAAAGAUGCUGAUACAACUGGUAAUAACCAUAUAAGAUCUCUUAAAGAAGAACUUGCUAGUGCUAAAAUCGAAAUGGAUGUUCAAAAUGAUCUUAUAGCAGAUCUUAAAACCAAGCUAUUAGAGGUCGAGAAAGAACGUGAUAAACAUGUAGAAUAUGUUAAAGAACAAACAAAAUUAUUCGAAUCAAAAGAAAUUGAUCAUAAAAAUGAUAUUUCUGAAUUACAACGUUCCAUAACUAAUUUACAAACUGAAUUGGUUGAAUUUAAAAAUUCUUCUCAAAAAGAUCAAAAAACCAUUGCUAAUCUCGAAAAUGAACUUGCAACUGUUGGUUCUUUACUUAGCGAAACAAAAGCAACAGAAGAAGAUCGUACACAAAUUGCUGUUCAACUUGAAAUAAAAUUAAAACAAGCUGACAAUGACCUAAAAGCUAAAGAACAAAUGCUUUCGAUCAAAGAUGAACAUAUAACACAAUUAGAAUUACAAAUCCAAAAAAAUAAAGUCGAUCUUGAAACUGCAGAGUUGGAAGUAAAAAAACGUAUCGAAACUACUCAAGCAACUUUGAUCAAAGAAUUAGAAGUAGCUUUGAAAGGAAAACAAGAUACUUUAGAUAAAUUACGGGAAACUAUACAAGAGAUUAAUUAUGAACUGGAUCAAGUUAAAAGUUCUGAUAUCCAAAAACAAGAACUUAUUAAUGUUUUAGAAUCAAAAUUACAAACCGCAGAGUCAAAUCAUAAUGCAGAGAUUUCCAAACUUCAUGAGGCUAAUAAAGAAAUAGAAAUCCUUAAAGAACAAUGUAAAAAAUUACAGAAUGCGGCCGAUGAAGCAAAAAUGGAAGUUACGAAUAAUUCCAAGAAUGGUAUAGGUAAUUCAACGAUAGAAGGUCUUACCAAUCAACUCAAGCAAGCCCAUAGCGAAAUCGAGUUAUAUUGUAAUCGAGUUCAAGAAUUAGAAAAGAUUACACAAAAACUUGAAUCAGAUAAGCAAAUGCAACUCUCAAACAACAAGAAUAUCACGCAGCAAAUUGGAAAUCUUCAAAAAGACUUUGAUAAUUUAUCAGCUGAAUAUGCUAAAACUGUUAUAGAACUUGAAAAAACUGAUAUUCUUACAAGUGAACAGAAAAGUCAUACCAUUGAAUUGGAACGAGCUCUUGAGGAUGUUGAAAAAAGUAUCGUUGAAACUUCCACACAAAAAUCUCCAGAUAAUAGCUCUAAUACACCUGAACCUUCUUUAAAUCAUACCGUCGAAAAAUUAAUGACCGAAAAUGAAAAUUUACGAAUAAUUAAUGAUAGACUUAGUGCAAAAAUUAGCACAACUGAAGAGGAAGUAAAUUCUCUGAAUGAAAGUCUAAAAACCUUAAGGAAUGAACUUGAACAUUUAAACAGUAUCUCAAGUCAAAUAUCGAAGGAAUCGUUAGAAGGAAAGGUAGCUGAGCUUGAGGCAGAAAAAGAAAGCUUGGAACAAGCAAAUAAAGUUUUCUUUGAAGAACGUAAGAAACUUGAUCAAAGAAUUGAUUCUUUAUUGAAACAAUUACAAGCCUCAGAUCAUGGAGGAAAUAAAGCAGCUGCUCAACUGGUAGAAUUAAACACUAAAUUAAUGUCACUUGAAACGGAACAUGCAGAUCUAAAACAAAGAAUGGUUUCUGAAGGUUUAGAGAUGGAGAAAGAGAUUAGAAAGUUAUUAGAAAUUAACGAUCAACUUGAAAAAGAAGUUGCACAAGCAUCAUCUAACAAUUGUGCAAUAUUGGGAAUAGACCUUGAAUCGGAAAGUGUUUUACCUCAAUCACAUCUCUGUGAUCUCAAUAUAGAUGGCUCAAUUAAAAAUCAAUUAAAACGUCAAGAAAGUACAAUAUCCCAACAAAAUAAUCUUAUUAAAGUUUUCCAAGAGAAGAUAACAGAUCUUGAACGUAGAUUACAAGAUGAAACUUCAUGUCGUCGACCUUCUAUUUGUGUUUCAGAAUACGAGAAUGUUGAUCGAUUUCGAUUGUCAGCAUCUUCAACUCCUUCUACACCUCCUAUUGGAUCUCCUUCACGGCUACGAACUAGUAUAUCAGAAGGAAGUUCACCGACUGAUCUUACCGUAGAGGUUCAAAAACUACAUAAAAGGAUUGCCAAGAUUGAAGGAGAAAAUGUACGACACCGUCAACAAGUUGAAACAUUAGAAAGUGUAGUUUCAGAAAAGGACAUUAAUCUCAGAGUGGCCAAACAACAAUUGCAAAUAUUACAAAAAGAAAAAUCAGAUCUUCUUGCACAAAUCAAAAAUCUAAAUUCACAAUUAGAUGAAACAACAGUUCAGUUUGAAAAUACAAGAACAUCAGUUUAUCAAGAAAAAAGGGUUAUCGAAGCAGUGUUGGAAGAAGAACGAAAGGCCAAAGAAGAUGCUGAGAAAGCAAGACGAUUACUCGAAAACCGAAUGGAAGAGCUGAUGGCCAGAAAAAGCAAGUUUAUGUGCUUUUAA